CAACGUGGUAACUGUGACUGCGAUAUUUAGGAAAGUCGUCUGUAGGAUUUUUUCGUAUUUUGGUAAUAAAAAGUAUGCUUGUAUCAAGAUUUUCUCGUUUAUCCUUAUUGAAAGGAUGUCAACAGAUGAAUCCUAUCUUAUUUACUAAUCAUAAAUCAUUCAAGGCAUCUGUUAAUAGACUACAAAGUGUUUCAACUGGUCAUGCAGAUGACAUUAAAGCAAAAUAUGGUGGUCGAUUUCAUGGUUAGCAUGCUUCCAGGUGAUGGCAUUGGACCAGAAUUAAUGGGCCAUGUAAAAGAAAUUUUUCGUUUAGGUGGCGUACCUGUAGAUUUUGAAGAAGUUCAUUUAGACUCUACUGUUCAACAUAUUGAUAAUGUAGAAGAAGCAAUAAUAUCAAUCAAAAGGAAUGGUGUAGCAAUCAAAGGUAAUAUUGAAACAAGGGCAAAUAAUCCUCAGUUCAGGUCAAGAAAUGUGAUUUUGCGUCUAGAACUAAAUCUGUUUGUUAAUGUUUUACAUUGCAAAAGCCAACCAAGUAUUAAAACAAGGCAUAGUGACAUUGACAUAGUUCUCAUUAGGCAAAAUACUGAAGGAGAAUAUAGCUGCUUAGAACAUGAAAGUGUCCCAGGUGUUAUUGAAAGUUUAAAAAUAGUUACAAGAGAAAAGUCAGAAGAAAUUGCUCGUUUUGCUUUUGAUUAUGCCGUCCAGAAUAACAGGAAAAAAGUUACUGCAGUUCACAAGGCUAAUAUAAUGAAAUUAGCUGAUGGACUUUUUCUCAAGACUUGCUCAGACAUUGCUAAAGAAUAUCCUCAAAUAGAAUUUGAUAGCAUCAUUAUUGAUAACUGUAGUAUGCAGCUUGUCUCUAAUCCUUAUCAGUUUGAUGUGCUGCUGCUUCCUAAUUUAUAUGGAAAUAUUUUAAACAAUAUUGCUUGUGGACUUGUUGGUGGCCCAGGUAUCAUAUCAGGGCAGAAUUACGGCCAUGAAUAUGCAGUUUUUGAAACUGGUUCAAGGAAUACUGGUAAAGGAAUUGCUGGCAAAAAUAUUGCAAAUCCAGUUGCAAUGUUAAAUGCAAGUGUAGAUCUCUUACAAUACUUGGGGCUUGAAAAGCAUGCUAAAAUUAUUGGUGAUGCUAUUUUUCAAACAGUAAAUAUUGAUAAGAUUCAUACACCUGAUCUUGGUGGUACUGCAAGAACUUCUGAUGUUGUAGAAAAUGUGAUUAAAAUUGUUCAAGAAAAAACGAAAAUUUGAAUGUGUUUGUGACUUUUGUAUUUAGACUUUGUUGUUUUGUAUUUUUUGUAAAUAGUUAUUUGGUUAGCUGUUGUGAUAAAAGAAAUGCAAAUUAAAUUUUGAUGUUUAGCAAUAUGAAAAUUGAUUGUGCUUUUGCUGGAGCAUAUUAACAAGUGCAAAACUAUUUUGAAAGAAUUUCAUUAAAAGAAGCUAAUGUUAUUAAAGAAUAUGAUCAAUAUUUUAAAGAAAAAAGAAAAACAUAUGGAGUUGUUUAUUGUUUUAGAUAGUAGUCAGUUUUCUCAAAAAUGAGUAGGAAGAGUUUACAUGCAUGUUUGAAUAGGUUUUUAUAAUUGAGUUAGUGGAUGCCAAGGAUUUUCAAAUUUGAAAACUUUCAAUGUUUAUUCAUUAUUUAUUAUAGAGCUUUAAAAUUUUUGCUGUUAGUAUUCUGUGAUAUUAUCCACUACUAAAAUUAUAUUUCCAAAUUGUUGCAAAAUACUUCGUGAAAAUAUUGUGUAUUGUAUUAAACACUUAAUUCAAACUUACACAUAUCAUUUUUGUUUUGAAAUAUAAGCUUUAUUUAAAUUGUUACUAAACAAUUUAAAAAUUAAAAAUUGCUGGUUUUUUUUUUUUUUUUUUUUUUUUUUUUUAAAGUAAGCUUGAUUAAAAUUGUCAAGACAGUUAUUAAAAGCAGCAAUAAAAUGUUUUUUAUUUCUGAAAUUUAUCAUAAUAAAAGAUAUUUCUUCAUUUUUAUUUAUUCAGUGCUUGAGAAAAACUGUCAUGUUUGUCUUUUAACAGGUGCAUUUAUACAAUACUCUAACUUAUCUCAAUUGUUCUUAUUUGUGUUUGUUUUUAAAUGAUUAUUAUUAUUUUUAGUUUUCUGUAACUUAUAAACUACUCAUUAACUUUUAUCCCCCAAUAAAAAAAGAUUAGUGAGGGUUUGGUUUGGAUUAGUUGAUUAUGGCAAAGCACAUUAGGGCUAUCUCCCUAAUGAGAAGGAUACCUUCGUAGAGGACUUUGUAAGGUCAACUGGCUCGUAUGCAAGUUGCACAUGAGUGAAACCAUGAAAAUGCCCAUGCAGCCAGACAUUUUGCCUGGAAUUGAACCCAGGUCAUAACUACCAGUGUUCAGCGAUUUUACCGUUUGGCUGCUGGUGGGUACAGACAUGUGAGAGGAGAAAAACUAUAUUUUCAAUGUGAGUGAGGUCAAUGAUGCAGUUUUUCAAUAUUUUAUGAAUUUGAAUUUUUAAUAUAUUUACACAAUAAGUCAGAAAUGCAUUUUUUUAUUUUCUCUUAUAAAUUGCAUGAAUUGUCACUGUCCCACUGUAGUAUUGGUUAUAUCAGUUAGAUCACUUUUAUAAUUGAUUGAUUUUUUUUUUUUUUUUUUUUUUUAUUUUGCUGUAAGAUUCUAAACUAAUAAAUCAUUUUUUGUUAGUGUUUUCCCUAUAAGAUUUAAAUCUGAUAAAAUUAUCUUAAGCCUUUGAGAUUUUACUAUGCUUUCUCAGUUUUUUAGCUCUCUCUCUCUCUCACUCUUUUUUUUUUUUUUUUUUUUUUUUUUUUUUUUUUUUUUUAAAGAUGGCUUGAAGAAUUUUUUUAACUCGGAUAUUUUUUUUUAAAUUACUCAAGGGUAUAUAUGUGGAUUAAUUAUUGAAUUACUAUCUGAAUAUUGUAAUUUAGACAUUCAUAAUUCUUAAAUGCAUUUUAUGUUAUAAGGAUUAAAUAAUUAUAUCUAAUCUGAUGGAGUCUUUUGAAAAAAUGUAAUAUGGUAUGAUAUUUUCUUAAAUAACAUUUGUUUUCAAGGUUUAUUAUAUCAGACCUGAUUAGCCAGUAUCUGGACAUACCAUGAAUAACUAUAAAAAUUAAUAAAUGCAGAAGGUAAUGAUGUGUUGAAACAAAAAUGAAUAGACAUCAUGCCAAAUAUUUAUAAUUAACAGUUUAUCUUCCUGCAGCAUUAAAUGUGACAAACAGUUAAAACAAAUUUGAUUUUAAUUAAAACUUAUGAGUAAACAUAUUGUCUAUAUAGAAAACAUAUUGUCUAAGAAAAUAAUAUAUCUGCUUGUGCUUUAUUUGCAUGCCCAUAGUAAAGCAAAAUAUUUGUGCUGCUUCUUUUAGUUUAGCUUGAAUCAACAAAAUUUUUUAGAUCUUCUUUAAAUUAAUAUAUUAAAUAAAAAGUGAAAAAAUAUUUCCCCAGUUUGGUAUUUAUGUUUUUCAUUAUUGUAUAAUUCAUUUAGCAUCAGUGUUUAAAUUGCUGUAAAUUAAUUAAGAAACGCACAACUUCUGUAACAUUUAUCAGAAAUAAAUUACUAAGUUGCUUUUCAUUUAGAAUUUGGAAAGAAAACAAAGCAACCAUUGAAUAAAUUUUGAACUCCUUUCUAAAUAAGACCAGCUGUUUUUCUAUGUUUCAGUUAUUUUAUUAUAUGUGACUAUUAUUAAUUUUAAUUCUAUUGAACAAAUUUAAACUGAAACACUGAAUGCUUAAUUCUUUAGAAUGAAUUUCUUAAGAUCUAGAUUUUUGUGGGUACUUACAAAUGCAGCUGUGACAAUAUUUUCAUAUAUAAUAUUUCCUACUUCAUAAAUGAACAAAGCUUAGGAAUGUUUUGAAGUAAAAAUUUUAAGUGGAAUUUUUUUUUUUAUAUUUUUUUUAUUUUAGCAUUUGUAUGUACUUAAUUGUACAGAUAGAUAUAUGAGAUUUUAGUCUUAUUUCAUGUAAACUUUCAUUUUUAGCUGAAACUUAGCAUUUAAAAUGUAAUGUUCUUCAAAUUAAUAUGAGUACUUUAUAUCAACAUUUAUAUGUAUUUAGCAUUAGAAACCAAGUUUAUGACCUAUUUAUAUUGUUUAAAAGUCUGAAUUAAAAUGUAUUUAUUAUGUUGAUUUAGUUUGGUAGAAAAUUUGGAAUCAAAUAAUAUUUUGCUUAGGUGGAAUUUUGAUAUAAACUGAAUGAGAAAAUGUCUUUUAAAGCUUUCAAAUGUAAAAAUGCAAGAAAGCAAAGAAAAUGUGUUCAUAAAUCUUCCAUUUUCCAUGAAUAAACAUUAAAUUAUAAAGUCUUUAUUUAAAGUGCUGAUUUUAUGUUCUAUAAAAUUACUUAUAGUGCUGAAUUUAUGGAUGCAAGGUGAUAUUUUGAAUUUGAUAUCAUGUAGGGUCAUUGUUAAUAAGAUGCAAAGAAAACCAUCCUUAUUAACUAUCUUUUUUAACAAACAAAAAACUCAGUAUACAGAGUGCACAGGAAAGACCCUUUAACCUGAAAACUCUUGGGAACGGAGAGAGCUACAGCUGUGCAAGUGAGGUAAGGGUAUAGUAAAGUGACUAUGCUUGACCUAAUGCAAAUGACAGCAGCACCCUUAGUGAUGAAAUUUGGAAGAUAGGCAUCGGAAAUCGAAAAUGAAAAGAGAUAGAGUAAAAGAAAGUUUUAGAGCAUCAAGUAAUUAGUAUGAAAUGACAUUUACUUCACAUUGAUAAGAUAAAUUAUCAAUAACAUUUUUAAUAAUAAAAUAGCAUGUUCAAGUGUAAACUCUUUUUUAAGUUGUUAGAUGAUAUCCGGAAGCAAGUUUAUUUAACCCUUAAACACAGAGGUGAGGUCUGUAUGACUGCGCCAGUAUUUUAGAACUGCGAAACUGCAUAUAAGUUAUAUAGUUAUUCUUUUCCUUUUCAGUACUUUCAAGUUGGGAUAAUAUAUCUAUUCCUAAAUUUUUAUUAAACUCUAUCUAUUAGUUUUUUAAAAUAAUUUUUAAAAUUGGGUUGCAGCCAUAUAGACCUUACCUCUGCAUUUAUACUACUUUUCCUCUUGCAUGAGGGGCAGAUGACUUUAUUACUACUUGAGUGUCGAUCUUGUGCAAGAACUUAACUUUAGAGGUUUGACUUAUGUUGGCACUAUGAAAAAAAAUAAGAGAGAAAUACCAGGUGAAUUUUAUCCAAAUAAAACAAAAAGUUAAGGAUCUUGCCUUUAUGCAUUCACAGAUAGAAUGACUCUUGUUUCAUAUGUGCCUCAAAACUUAAAAAGUGUUAUUCUCAUUUCUUCAAUGCAUCAUUUGAAAUCAGAAGACCUUGAAACUGAGGAACCAGAAAUAACAACAUUUUACAAUUUGACUAAAGGAGGUGUAGAUGCAUUGGAUGAAAAAUGUUCUAAACAUUCUACAAGCCGAAGAACAAGGUGAUGGCCAAUGUCCAUAUUCUUUAGGUUACUUGAUUAAGUCUUAAAUACACACCAAUUGUUAAGAGGUAGUGCCAAAUUGGGGGGGGGGAACUAAUUUUUUGAUCACGUUAUCAUCAGAAAACCACAUGUGCAUUCAGAGAGUGCGAGGAGUUUCCAGCAGAAUCUAUUCUAGCCCAGAUGUAACAAAUACCCCUAGAAAGCAUAAAACAUGCUUUCUUUCCCCUCCUAGACUGAGAAGAAAAGCUUCCUAUCUAUGUUUCAGCUGCAAGAAUCCUAUAAGUAAGAAAUGUGUCAAGAGAAUUUCCAAAAAUUGUUUGGAAAAUGCUUAAAACAGUGUGCUGCAUUUUUAAAAAUAUUCUUCAUAUUAUACUUUUUUUUUUUUUUUUUUUUUUUGCAUUAUAUUAUAUAAUCCAGAUUCUGUAGGUGAAAAAUUUAUUAAAUAGUUUAGUUUGUACGCAUUUGCAAGUAAGUAGUAUAAUUUUAUUUAUUUGAUUAAAUGUUUUGUGCUUUUUCGUACGUGAUUUGAAAAUUAAUUUUGAAUGCAUUAAUUUUAGAGUUUUAAAACGAAUUAAUUAUUUUAGUAUAACAAGCAAAGUGUGUUAAUGCUUAUAUAAUAACAGUAGUACAUUAUUUUAAAAUUUUAUAUUUUUAAAAUGCAUAAAAUAGAGCGCGGUCUGAGAGACCCCUCCUCUGUGUUUACGUAACAGAAAAUGAAUGUCUGUACUUAGGGGUUAAACAUUCUCGAAGAAAACCUGUUUCAGGUGUUUAUUGUUUUCAGUUUGUGAUAUUGUGAUGUCCACAAUAAAUUGAUGCUGUUGCAAAAUGAAAAUGUA